UUGAUUUUCGCCAAAUCUCCCAUACAUCACUGGGGCCUGAUUGCUUUGGAGCCGAUAGCUGCUGAGGAGAUGGUCAUCGAGUAUGUUGGUCAUGUAGUUCGCAAAGGCGUUGCCGAACUUCGGGAAAAGCAGUACGAACAACGUGGAAUCGGCUCCUCCUAUCUUUUCCGAAUCGAUGAUGAGUUUGUUAUCGACGCGACUAUGUAUGGAAACAAUGCCCGCUUUAUCAAUCACAGCUGUCAGCCCAACUGCUAUGCCAAGGUGAUCACAGUGGAGGGUCGAAAAAAGAUAGUUAUCUACUCAAAGCGUGAUAUUCAGGUUAUGGAGGAGAUCACCUACGACUACAAGUUCCCCUACGAGGACGAAAAGAUACCCUGUCUUUGCGGGGCUCCACAGUGCCGUGGAACACUGAACUAG